CUGUUUCUCUCCGUCAUUUUCUCCCGUCUUCCUCUACUUUCAUGAACAUCCGAGUGAACAUUUAGAGAUUGACAUUCCUUUCGAUUUCUAAGGUUUUUGCUCGAGUUUUCUACUUCACCGGGCAGAGAUCAAUGGCGUCUCUGGAUUCCGGUGUUACCAUGGCUCCCGCCGGGGAAGGCUCCAGCAGCGCCGCUCCUUCCUCUUCCACGAAGAAGCCGAAGCGCUUUGAGAUUAAAAAGUGGAGUGCCGUCGCGCUCUGGGCUUGGGAUAUCGUUGUUGACAACUGCGCAAUCUGCCGGAACCACAUCAUGGAUCUAUGCAUUGAAUGCCAGGCUAAUCAGGCCAGUGCCACCAGCGAGGAAUGCACCGUUGCUUGGGGGGUUUGCAACCAUGCCUUUCACUUCCACUGCAUCAGCCGAUGGCUCAAGACUCGUCAAGUAUGUCCAUUGGAUAACAGCGAGUGGGAAUUUCAGAAAUACGGCCACUGAAUCCGUCAAGACACAUCGGUCUGUAUGUGCGUUCUGGUACGUCGAAUCGUAGAUAAUAUAUCUUGACGACUUGCCAAAUUUGCUUCAUAUAUUAUACAUGUUGAAGACGGUACGAAUCGUACGAUUCAGACAUUGAGAUUUUAACCACAUCUGCCUGUUCAUGUCUACGCUUGUUAUUUUCUCUCUAAACCUGAGGAUCUACAUAGAUGUGCCCAUUUAUUUUCUUCA